AUGGUCAAAAAGGCCACGCCUGUCCACUUUUUUCUGAGCACAGGCCGAUACGCUGCUGCCAUGGCAUCCUCGCAGAGCGGACCGGCCAUGCGGCCCCGUCUGCGGACGUCGUUUGCCAAGGGUGACUCUCUUGUCCCCUUUUACUCGGGAGGUGCUGUGGCUGUGACCUCGGACGGCGCGCAUUUGGCCACGACCUUCGGUUCCGAGGUGCAUAUGGUCGAGACUCGCACCUCGCGGAUUCUGCACACUCUUUCUGGCGAUGGCGAGGACAUUAAUAGCCUUACGAUGACCAAGGAUGAUGCGUACGUUGUGACGGCAUCGCGCGCGCUGGCCCUCAAGAUCUACCGGCGGCCGGACAUGACCCUCGUGCGCACGAUCGCCAAGGCCCACGAGGCGCCCGUGGCACUUAUGGCCACCGACCCCACAUCGAGUCUUCUUGCCACCGGAAGUGCAGAUGGCUCCGUCAAGGUAUGGGACUUGGCCGGCGGCUUUUGCACGCAUGCAUUCCGUGGCCACGGCGGUGUCAUUAGCGCCCUGUGCUGGAAUGUGCAGGCGCGCCAGCCAGGCUCCCCAGCGCGCGCCGUGCAGCUGCUCACGGGCUGCGUGGACGGCAAGGUGCGCGUGUGGGACCUGCAGGGCUCGGGGCAGGCCGCGUCGAAGCCCACGGCGGUGCUCAGCGCGCACGCGGGCGUCGUGCGUGCGAUUGGUGUGGCGCCAGGCGGUCACACGAUCGUUAGUGGUGCGCGUGACCAGACGCUCGUGUUCUGGGACUGGAAGAAUAGCCGCUGGCACCGCCGCGACAUUGUGCUGGCGCAGGAGCGCAUCGAGGCGCUCGGCUUUGUGGGUGACGCCACGUCGCCCCUAUUCUACACGGCCGGCUCGCAAGGCCUGCUGCGCCUCUGGGAUGUGCGCAAUGGGCAAGAGGUGCAUAAGACGCAGGUGCUCGAGCCUGAAGAGGAGGACGAUGCGCUGCAUGGCCUGACAGACGCGCUGUACGCUCCGUCGUGCAGCGCAAUUGUGACGGUUUCUGCCACACAGGAUCUCGCCUUCUAUGCGUUGGGAGAUGGCACACUCUCGCUUGAGCGCCAGCUGGUUGGCUAUAAUGACGAAAUCGUGGAUGUGGCGCUGGUCGGCGACGAUACGCUGGCGGUGGCCUCGAACAAUACGCAGCUGCGGCUGUACAAGCUCGAUACCCAAGACCAUGACGUGGUGCUGGUUGAUGGCCACCGAGACAUGUUGCUGAGCCUCGACACGUCGCCAGACCGUGCCUGGCUCGCCAGUGGCUCGAAAGACCGCACAGCCCGCAUCUGGACGCGCGCCUCCGACGCGCGCGACGGCUGGGUCUGCCUGGGCGUGUGUGAGGGCCAUGCCGAGAGCGUGGGAAGUGUGGCAUUCGCGCGGCAGAGCGCAGGCGAGGUCGGUGCGCCGUUCCUCGUGACGGCGAGCCAGGACCGCACCGUGAAGCUGUGGGACCUCACGGCGCUCACGCCGGCGAGUCGGCAGGAAAAGCUGUCGUCGCUGCUCACGCUCAAGAUCCACGACAAGGACAUCAAUGCCAUUGACCUGGCACCGAACAAUGGCCUGCUCGUGUCUGGCUCGCAGGACCGCACCGCCCGUGUGUUCCGCGUGCAUUACCAGGCCCCGUCCAAGGCGAACCAGCACAAGGCAGCAGCGAGUUUGGAGCCGCUCGCGACGUGCAAGGGCCAUAAGCGCGGUGUGUGGUCAGUGCAGUUCUCGCCGGCCGAGCAGGCGUUUGCUACGGCCUCGAGCGACCAGACGGUGCGUCUGUGGAGCUUGAAGGACUUUAGCUGUGUGCGUGUGUUUGAGGGGCAUACGGGCAGCGUGCUGCGCUUGCGCUUCCUCCCGGGUGGUGCACAGAUUGCGUCGUCCGGAAACGAUGGCCUGGUCAAGGUGUGGAAUGUGCGCGACGAAGAGUGUGCGGCCACGAUCGAUGCGCACGAGGACAAGAUCUGGGCGCUGGCCGUUCGUCCCGAGACGUCCAAGGCGCCGCUGCAGGUCGUCAGCGGCGCGGCUGACAGCACGAUUACCCUCUGGAACGACACGACAGCCGCCGUCGAGUCGGAGAAGGCGGCAGCAGCCAAGGAAGCAACGGAGCGUGAACAGGCGUUCUCCAACUUGCUCGUCCUGAAAGACUACCGCAAUGCGAUUGCGCUGGCGUUCCAGCUGAACCAGCCGCGUCGUCUGUUUCAGUUGUUCACGCAGGUGGCUGCAUCGCGCCCUGACCACGAUGCGAUCGAGUCGAUGGACCGCCUGCUGGCGGACGCCCUGGGCGUGCAGCGCCACGCGGACGCGGAGCUCGGCAGUAUCACGGGGCUCGCGGCGGUGGACCGCAUUAUUGCAGAGCUGCCGCGCACGCAGGUCGUGCAGCUGCUUGGCUAUGUGCGCGACUGGAAUACGUCGGCGCGCACGUCGGCGACGGCGCAGCUGGUCCUGCAUGCGGUGGUUCGGCAAUGGGAGGCGGACACGCUGCUCGAGGCCUUUGACGAGGCGCGACGUGCGAAGAAGGAAGGCUUUGUGUCGGUGGCCGCCAUGCUAGAGGCGCUCCUGCCCUACACAGAGCGGCACUAUGCGCGGGUCGACCGCAUGCUCGUGGAGAGUGCCAUGUUGGACUAUACGCUGCAGGCGAUGGACGGUGUGCUGGGUCCUGUGGCCGACGCGGAGGCGGACACGAGGAACGAUGUGGCCGUCGACGAUGUGGAUAUGGACGAGGCAGCUGAGGUGGCAGAGGCAGACGACUCAGAGGUAGAAUAG